AUGGCCGGACUUGUCCUUUCUGAUGCUGAGAUCGACCGUCUCCUCGAUGAGGCUGAGAACAGGCUGAGAGACAAGGCUGCCACUGUAACCACAUCAAGCGCAGACACAAUUAGUGUUGAUGCUGAAGGGGAUGCUAAACCAAGGAAGCCCCUUCCUAAACUACAGCAUUUUGCCAAAGCGGCCUACAUCAAAGACAACCAAGGUGUUGCGCAGACGAAUCCGCAAGCCAUCGUGGGAAAGAAUGGGAACCUUUUGGCGCGUGCAGAGUUGAAAUCUGUCAUACCGCAGGGAAGAUCGAAGAAAACUAACCAUCAGGUUUCUGCCGGUCCCGAUUGGUUCGACCUGCCCAAAACCAACCUAACUCCUCAAUUGAAGCGCGACCUCCAACUCAUCGAGAUGCGAUCGGUCCUCGAUCCACACAGGCAUUACAAAAAGAACAAUCGCAAAGGAAAAAUCCCAACGUUCUCGCAGACAGGCACUGUCAUCGAAGGGCCAACGGAGUUUUACAGUGCCCGGAUCAACAAACGAGACCGGGCCAACAAUUUCGUGGAGGAGGCGAUGGCAACCGAGAAGGAGACCGGCCGCUUCAAGCGCAAGUAUGCGGAAAUCCAAGAAGCGAAGACCAGCGGCAAGAAGGCGCAUUACAAGAAACUCAUGGCAAAGAGGAAGAAGCGGCCUUGA